AUGUUCCCCGGCAAGAUCGGUGCCUUCGGUGCUCUUGAAGAUCAUUGUGUUGAGCAGAGCGGCGGAAACCAUCGUCACCGUUUGAAACGCCCACAUACGAAAUCACGUCGGGGAUGUUUUAAUUGCAAGUUACGGAAGGUGAAGCCUGCCAAGUGUCAGGAAACAAAACCAGCGUGUGAAAAUUGCCUCUCGAGAGACAUGGAUUGUAUUUACCCUCCGAAGGGAUAUAAAAUGCCCCCAGAGCUAUCGACAAAGAACUCAAGUCUCACGUCGACCUGGCAACUAUCUGCAGACCGAAUCGCGGGCGAUGAGCUGCGGGUGUUCCAUCACUUUCUACUUGUUGCACGGCCGCAUCUACCGUAUGGAAGUGAGGGAGCGUGGACUAGCUUGGUGCCGGCGUACGCUCAUGAGUGUCCGCAUUUGAUGCACGCGAUUCUCUCCCUCGGCGCAACCCACUAUGCUCUCGCGACGCCCACCGGAUCUCACUAUACACCCAUGGCUAUUUCGCAUCGAGGGAAAGCCCUCCGGCACCUAGCGAGCGCUCUGGCACACGUUGACAACUGCACAGAUACAGUUCUCGACGGGAUCCUAGCAACUUGCUACACUCUUGUCUUCCAGGCAUAUUACAUGAAUGACGGCCUUAUCGAUUUCGCAGUGAUGGUGCGCGGCUGUGGGAUGGUGACGAAACACAUCCAGUCGAGAUUUCAAGGCAGCAAAAUGUUCCUCCUGCAGACGCCAGAACAAGUUAGUGAAAUGGUGGCACCCUGGUUGCCGGCGGAGGCACAUCCAAAUCAAACAGUUCUCGGGCCCUGUAUCGAGGACAUUGACCAGCUACACCCUUUGCUGCACAGCAGAAGCACUCGGGAGUUCUUUAGCGCCCUCCGGAACAUCUACGUGGCUCUACAGCUCUCCGUUCGCAAUGCCUUCCUCUGCCUGACUGAAGUGUAUACUGUUUGGCAUACAAUGGAGAACCACGGGUUUAUGGAGUUCAUCUCAAGCACGAACCACGUCUCCCGGGCGCUGUUCCUGCAUUAUCUUGCGAUAGAUACGCUGAUGCGACCGUUCUUGGUCAGAGUCCGGGAACGGCAACCCCCCACUCUGCCUUUCGGUGUUGACGUCGUGGACCAGUGGGCACAUGCUAUCUAUAGCAGUCUACCCGCCACCAUCCAAGUCUUGGUGAAACAUGAAAUUGACCUUAUCAGCCACGAGAAAAGCAGCGUAUGCUUUAAUAUUAGAGCUGGGCUCCUAAUAGAGGAGCAUCUCGACGGCUGUCAAGACAACCCGCAAUGA